AUGCCAGGCGCCGGCGUAGCCUCGCCUCUCCUGCUCUCGCUCUCCUCGUCCUCCUCCUCCUUCCUCUCUUCCUCAGCCACCUCCUUCCUCCCACCCCCCUCCGCCGCGGUCGCUCCGCACGCCGCCUUCAGGACGAAGGCGGCUGUCUCCGUCCUCCGCGCGCUGCGCGCCGAGGCGGCCACCCUCCCCGUGCUCUCAUUCACCGGAGAGAGAGUCGGGGAGGUAACCCUCGACCUCAAGUCAGCGCCGCCCUCCACCGCGCGCGCUGUCGUACACCGCGCUAUCAUCACCGACCGCCAGAACGCGCGGCGGGGCACGGCCUCCACGCUCACCCGCGGCGAGGUCAGAGGCGGAGGGAAGAAGCCCUACCAGCAGAAGAAGACCGGGAAGGCGCGGCGCGGGUCGCAGCGCACCCCGCUUCGGCCCGGCGGUGGCGUCGUGUUCGGCCCCAAGCCCCGCGACUGGUCCAUCAAGAUCAACCGCAAGGAGAAGCGCCUCGCCAUCUCCACUGCCCUCGCCAGCGCCGCCGUGGCAGAGGACGCCUUCGUUGUCGAGGAGUUCGACGAGGCCUUCGCGUCGGGGCCCAAGACCAGGGAUUUCGUGGCCGCUUUGCAGCGGUGGGGGCUCGACCCCAAGCAGAAAGCCAUGUUCUUUGCCACGGAGUUCGACGACAAUGUGCGGUUCAGCGGCAGGAACAUCGGUUCCCUCAAGAUGCUCACACCCAGGACGCUCAACCUGUACGACAUACUCGACGCCCGCAAGCUCUUCUUUACUCCUGCUGCUGUAGACUACCUCAACUCCAGGUACGGAGCCAGCGUUUCUGAUGACUACUAUACUGAUGAUGAGGAUGAUGGCGAAGAAGGCACCACAGCAGAAGCUGCUCAAGGUAUGCUGAAGGAUGGCUUAAAGCAGCAGGUGAUACAGGGAGAGAUGAUACAGGGAGCGAAAACAUUGAAGAUGGUGGCCCUCUCGUUCCACAAGCAAGAUGUGCAAUCUCAGACCAACGAUGAUCAACAGCUGAUUCCUUUCACUGGUUGA